AUGGAAGUUACUAAGAAUCCCCCUAAAAAUAUACAAUAUAUCAAUGAGCAUGGCCAAAUUAUGGAGCAGGGGGUUGAGUAUGAAUGGUUACCGAUUAAGUGUAAGACUUGUGCGGGUUAUGGUCACUCAAUGGCAGAUUGUAGGAAGGCCCAGAAUACUCAAUGGAUUGUGAAGGAGUCUACAACUAAAACGGAGACACAGGGUAUGAGCUCUGAGGGAAUACAGGAAGGAGUGAAGGAGAAGCCUGCAAAUCAGACCAGGUUUGAUGAUGGUAAGGCUCAAGACAAUCUAGUCGAACCCACUCAGCCUCCAAGCGAGAUAUCAGCUGAUAGUGAUAAAGGAAGUCUAAUAAGUUUGGGGUGCUACAAGAGCAAAUGGUCAGUGAUAAAGAAGGUAAUACUAUUUCUGUCUCCUCAAAUGGAUAAUUGUAAUAUUUUGAGUUGGAAUGUUAGAGGGCUUAAUGGUUCUAAUAAGCAUAGCCUUGUUAGUGAUCUUUAUAACAGAAAUAAAGUUGGAGUAGGUGGUCUUUUAGAGACUAAAAUGAAGGGAAACAAAAUAAGGAGGUUCAUGGAACAUCAUUUCCCGAACUGGGAUUUUUAUACCAGUUUAGUCAUAGAAAGUCGCCUGUUGAUUAUCUGGAGAAAGAUAUUUGUACAGGUCAAUAUCAUUGAGGAAUCUAAUCAAUAUGUUCAUUGUGUGGUGAAGUUGGCAGGUAUGCAGCAAGUUUUUGGUGUCACUUUUGUUUAUGGUGUUAAUUCGAUUGAAGGGAGAAAAGCUCUCUGGGAAGGGUUGCAAAGGCCAGCUCUUAUGGACAAAGCAUGGCUAGUUUUAGGGGACUUUAAUGCCCCCUUUUCAGGUCAAGAUAGAUCAGGUGGUAAGCCUGUUUCUGAUCUAGAACUGGUUGAUUCUGUUCAAUGGCUUGUAGAUACUCAUGUUGAUCCUCUAAGAAGAAUCGACUCGUUUUUUACUUGGACCAAUAACCAACAUGGUGCAGCUUGA